AUGGCAUCUGUGACGUCCGUGUCGUCGCGGAGAGGUUCUGCGCAUGGUGGGCCCGAAAGGUCAGAAACAAGGAGGAUUUCGUCAUCACUGAAAAUGCCAACCAAACACAGUGAGCCGCAAUCUUCGCAGAGCAGGAGGACAUCCUUUGCCGAUGGAGCAGAACAAGUGAACAUUGAGGUGACUGCCGCUGACGACAUUGUCAGUUCCAACGAGACCUUGGAAGCCAAGCCGUCGCCGUCUUUGCAGUCAGUAUCCAGGAAGGCGCGGCGGUCCAUCAGUGUCACCGCAGCGGCCAAUGCGGCGAUGGCAUUCAAGCGGUCCCAGGUCCUGGCUGGAGCAACCAAUGAUUUGGAGGUCGGACCCGAAUUUGGGGAUGUGCAUCACUACAUGUGGGAUGCAGUGGAGCACCUUGACAAGGGCCUACAAGUCAUCGUUUGCAAAGUGAUAGCGGAGAAGUUACAGUGUUUCAAGACCCAGAAGGAGCAAACCAGUGUGGCGGAACUCCGUGCCUUGUGCAAUCGCCUCGAAUCGUACCUCAAGGGAACUGCUGCGGAGGAACACCAGCGCCAGCUGCAGAAGGUGCUUGCCGAGAUGGACCAGAAAGAUGGUGAAAUCCACCGUCUCACAGAAACCAUCCAGGUCAACACAGAGGCAACUGAAGAGGGCAAGAAGAAGUUGCUGAAGACCAUGGAUGAGAAGGACAAACUUCGUGAUUCCAUUCAACGCGAGCUGGUCGAAACCCAGGCUAAACUGGAAUCGUCCCAGUUGAAGCUACAGGAACUCACCCAGCAGCUGUCCAAACUGAAGGAAGCAGAAACUUUGAAGCAGAAAGAGCGCUCAGCGCUUCAAAAAGAAAGGAAGAGAGUUGUGCACUUUUCACACAAAGCGGAAGGGGGAACAGCCAACAUCAAGGACUUCUUCCAGCACUUGCCCAAGGUGGUGCUGCACCUCAGUAAGGAGUUGCGGGACCCACAGAUGCAGGAGCACUUGAUGCAGACCUUGGACCUGCUGCAACGGGACUACGCAGAGGCUGACAAGAAAUAUCAGUCAGUGUUGAGCCGUGCCAAGAGCGCGGAGCAGGAAGUGGCCGACUUGGCGGCGAAAACUCAAAAGCUGGAGCAAUGGAAGGUGACGCUGGAGGAACAGAAUGCGGUUCUGCAAGGGCGGAUUGCAGAAGUUGAGAACGACAUGGUGCAGCUUCAAUCUGGCGUCCUGGACGCGAUCCACAAGGCCCCGGCCUACAUGUCGCUGAGGGAGGAGUACGAGAUCCUCAAAUGUGAGUGCGAGGGAAUCGCAGUGCGCAGUCAGAUGCUGCAAGCGGAGAUGAACAGAAGAGAUGAAGACAAGGCGCAGCUCCAGGGGCAGAUUGAGGAGCGGGAUGCCCGGAUCGCACAGCUGGAGGACGAGGUGAGAGACGUGGCUGCCAGCCAGCUGCAUCCAACGCAGGUUGCACAAUUACGCGCAGAUUUGAAGCGAACGAAGCACGAAUGUGAGGCUCUCUCGAAUGCCAACGAGGUCUUGAGGAACACCUUGGCCACCAUUUCAGAGAAGCCGGGAGCCCUGGAGCUGUUUUGCGGCUGGAUGAAGGAGCUUCGCGCUGCGAAGGGAUUGAAGCACCAGCAGCGCGUGGUGGUUGGACCCAUGGUUUUCACCUCCGACUUUGACAGUGGCAACAUGGGCCACGUAGAGCUGGCUGCUGCUGAAGGCAUCCUGGAGUACACAAUUGAUGUGGCCCCAGAUUGCUGCGGAAGCGUGCACGAGACAGGCUAUAAGAGCUGGUUUUUCUUCGGAUUGUCCGUGGCGGAGCCGGUGGAGCUGGCGCAGCCGGCGCAGCAGAAACAGACAGAUCCGCGCAACGAAACUAGCGAAGCUUCAAAGCCUGGCUGUGAAGUGAAGGGAGAUGGAAACCAUGAGGAUUCCGUGGAAGCCACAGCCACAGCUCCCAGUGAGGACAGGGGUAAGGAUGAAAUCUCUGAGAGUCUCAGUGACAGUGCAGCUGACAAAGCGUCAAUGGAAGGAGACCAAGCUGAGACUCUCAGAGACGUGACCCAGGUGGCUCCGCCUCCAGCAGACUCAGUAGACUCAGUAGACCCUUUGCCGGCCAUCCAGGGGGAGGUGUCAAUGUAUUUGACCGUGCGGAAUAUGAAUAACCACACGAAGUUGUACAGCGAUGGCUAUCGCCCCUGGUGCAAGAGACCGGGUGAUGCCUGGAGACGUCUGGCUGACAGAAGCAGCUUGGAGUUUUCCAUCGUCCGGGAGGGGGACACCUUUGGGAUCCGCUGGAGGCAUGAGGCAUCCAGAGGGGCUGGCACCACUUACUUUGCCUUCUGUGCACCCUAUGGCUACCUUGAAUGCCAGGGCCUACUGGAGGAGCUUGAGGAGGCCUUUGCUGAUCACACCUAUUCCUGGCCCGAUCCCCACCGGCCGCUGCGAAAUUUGUCCAGGUCCAUCAACGACUGUUGGUUUCCGCGGGCGGGCCGCGAUCUCGUCUUUCGGCGUCAGUUGCUACACCGCUCGCUGCAGGGCCGCAGGGUGGAUCUGCUGACCAUCACAGCCAUUCCACAGAAGAGUGGGGAAGAACCAGAUAUACUUCCGCAAGAUUUGCCAUGCGCCACGCUUGCAUCCAAUGUUCCGAAGUUUGAGAACCGGCCCAUCAUUUUCAUCUCAGCUCGGGUCCAUCCGGGUGAAACGCCUGGAGAAUUUGUGUUUUUGGGUCUCCUGCGAUUCCUGUUGUCAGAGGACCCCAGGGCCUCCAGUUUGAGACAGCAGUUCCAGUUCAAGCUGGUACCGAUGCUGAACCCAGACGGCGUGGCAUGUGGCCACUACCGCACCAACACCAUCGGUCUCAACCUGAACCGACACUAUGACAAGCCGAAUGUGCUAAGUCAUGAGGGCGUUUGGGCCGUGAAGAGAUGUUUGUCCUUGUGGUCCAAACAGGGCAGAUUGCUCUUCUAUCUGGAUUUGCAUGGCCAUGCCUCCAAGAAAGGCUGCUUCUUAUUUGCCAAUCGCAUGGCCGGGCCGGGUCAAGGCUGGAACUCGGGAUAUGCCCGCGUCUUCCAAGUGAAUUCACCACACUUUGACCUGGAGCAGUGUGAGUUUGGAGAUGACUAUGAGAAGGAGUUCAGGGAGGGCAUUGGGAAGCACGGUUCCGGCCGGGUGGCAAUCCACCGUGACUGCCGGCUGUGCAAUUCUUACACUUUGGAGUGCAACUACAACAAGGGCCGACUUUCUCGGCCCAUCAUGCCGCCCAAAGGGCUCACCAAAGCGGACCCACCUGCCGCGCAAGUCUGGUCGGAGGAGCCGGUUCCCUAUGAUCAAGGUACUUGGGCCCAAAUCGGCGAGGCGUCCUGCAUCAGCAUCCUGGACCUGUUUGGCCACAACUGCCACAGCCGCCUGCCCAACAGUGUGCGGCACACCUCUUUGCAGAGCCUGCUGGGUUCCACCAUUCGCCCGCGAACUGGGCGCACCACACACAUCAAGGACGUGGUCCCACAGGGGGUUGGACUGAGCCCGGAAGAUCUGGCGGCACGGGAGCGCCCCUGCUGGCGUAGUGGAUGUUGCUGGGCCGAUGGCUGCACGAGGCCAGGCAGGCCACCCAGCCGCGAGAGGGCCGGCAUGGUGAGGGCACAUCUGGCUGAGCCAAGGGAGGCUCGGGUGGGUGAAUCUGAAACUUUGGAGAAAAAAAUUGAGGAUGGCCGACCCAAAGAGCUGAGGAUUGCAGGGGCCAGGGCCGUGCCAAGGCCAAGGGAUGGAGAGGGUAAGGCAGCCAGCGAACCUAGCAGAACUCUGGACAGGAUGCCAAAAGCUGCGCCCAGCGAAGAAAGGUGUCCCUCAGAGGCCAAGCACAAGCCUUGCAGGCUGGAGCGUUUACCUUCAGCCAAGGCAAAAGAUCCCAAAGAUCAACUGAGCUGCAGGGAAUCCAAGGAGAACAAGGAACCCAAGGUCCGGCAGGCAGCACAAGUUCUGAGGCGUCGUCGCACCCUGUCAGGCGACCCACGAAAAGCACAUCGGGGGGAGGAGGCCAAAGCGCUUGAGAAGCCUGAGGGAGAGGAUCCCAUGCGUGAUGUCUCUCUGAUCAAAGAUAUGUGCAGCAGAACUGUCCACAACCGGCUCUAUGAGGAUGCAGUGCGUCGGCAGGACAGAACCAGCGAUUCCGAGAGGCCAGAGCGUGCUGAAUCCUGGGCUGCUGGCCAUCCAGAAAAGCGGCCCCAUUCUGCUUCUGCAGUGCCCCGCAAACCGAGUCUCGGCUCCUCGCCGACCUCAGCAAUAAAACGCAGCCGUUCAGAGCCGUCGCAUAUCUUGCAGCAGAUGUUGCAGACCAAUGCACAGAGCCUCAGGGGUAUGCUGGAUGAGCCCUUGUUCCACCACAAUCUGCGGCUUCCCGUGUCGCCCGCUCGACCGGCGGAGCUUGCAAACCUGCCAGGCAUGGUGUCGCCGUCCACAACGCUGCAUUCUCCAAGUGUGACGCCAAGGUGCCACGACUUCGCGCAGCUUUCUGAGAUCGUCUCUGAAAUCGUGCCAAGGGCCCACAUGGCGGGAAAAAGCAGCCCGCGUCCACCUUCCUCCAGGUCGGGAACCUCCCGCAGCCACUCGCGGCCGUGCGUCUCGCGCUUCGGGGCCGAGUCGCCCGGAUUCACUCCUCGAACUCAGCGAGAGGGUACGCCAGAAUCGCUGAGACCCUUCAGGCAACCAUCAGACGCAACUGGAGAAACGAAGCACGGAAACUUCGCGGAGGCUGUGGCCGAGUUGCGCGCGGAAACGGGAUGGAGGUCGAGGCCACAGUCAGCGGAAGACUCCAAACCAGGUGAGCGACCUGCCACUCACACCGGGCUGCGGGGCAUCUUUAACCCAAGGGAAAAGGAAGAGGAGCCACAGGUGCGACGGCGCGCCAUGCCGGCGGUGAAGCCGAGGUCGUGCACCAACAGUCCGCAACAACUUCCGGAACGAGCCACGCCCCGGAUUACCUUUCCACGGCCCCAUCCCCGAGUGGCCGCCUCGCUACUGCCAACGGUUCGGCCCAAGUCAGCGCGACCUCCACCCUUGGUGCCAUUCAUGAGCACCUCGCCCAUGCGGCCGCAGUCCUGUGACCCCUGA